AUCACAGAAGAUGUUACUCGUUAAAGCAACCAAUGAAACCUGUCAUUUGAAAUGCCUCAGCUGACCGGACGUUUACAUUAGCAAAGCAAGCUAAAGCUUACAAACGAUCAUUUCUACUGCGUCAUUCGACACACCGCAAAGAUGGUCUGUGAAAAGUGCGAGAAGAAACUGGGAAAAGUAAUUACCCCCGACACUUGGAAGGACGGAGCACGGAAUACAACAGAGAGUGGAGGACGUAAGCUAAAUGAGAACAAGAUUUUGACAUCCAAAAAAGCCAGGUUUGACCCUUACAGCAAGACUGGCUUCGCAAUCUGCAGGAUCUGCAAAAGCUCAGUUCAUCAGGCUGGAUCUCACUACUGCCAGGGCUGCGCUUACAAGAAAGGGAUCUGUGCAAUGUGUGGAAAGAAAGUUUUGGACACCAAGAACUACAGACAGACCUCUGUGUGACAUGACAUCGUGCUGGUCCGACAACCGGUCAAAGUGAGAAUCGGACAGAAAUAAAUUUGGUGAUGGCUUCGUCUUCUUUUAAUACAGUUCAUGACAUUAUUCUGGAGACAUUUUCGUAGCCACACACACUCGAACACUCAAAGUCGCAGCUUUUGCUUGCUCUGUAUAUUUUCCUUUCUAGAACCUUGCUAACUGUUUUAAAUGUAUAUUGUGUUUGAAUUAAAGCUUCCAGUCGGAGGAAA